AUGCGCAGUACGAACGGGGUAGAGGAAUACUGGCGCAGAGGGAGUGAGGGAAUGAAAAACAUGUCAGAGUCAGUGUUUGUGGGACUGUGUGAGAUAAUGGGGACCUCACAACAGGUGGCCGGAAGGAGGGAGGGAACGGUCAUCAGGGAAAUGGUGAUCAGACGAAUUACACCUAAUGAUGGGAUCAUUCAGAUGGAUAGUGGAAGUAGGAAAGAAGGUUUCAGGCUGAAGGGAUCAGAUAUGGACACUAUGUUCUGGCCAAACAACCACCGAGUGAUCAUGGACAUGUCUCAGUCUGAGUACUACAACACAGCCAAUACAACUUUGAUUCUCUCUGACAGUUCUGAGAGUCCACCAGGAUUCACUUUACUUCAGUUAUUGACACCAUCAAGAUACAAUGAAGUCCAAUCAGCGUGUGUUAGAAUAAACAACAGAGUCUAUAUAUCUAGUUCUAUAUACAGAGGGUUAACUGGUUCAAUUGUAUUUUCUGAUUCCCAAAUAUGUGGACCCGUUAGUACUGGUAUUAGAAGGGGAGUAGAAUAUGAUCAUGCCUGGUGUUUUGUCUGUGACUUUUGGCCGCAGUCUGCAUGCUCAUGGCUAGACCGAUGUCACUCCUGGCCUGAUCCUGAAGUUGUCAAUGACAUUUUCAGAAAUGGAUGUCACUAUAUACCAAUAGGCGCAAGAGGACCCCCUGAGGAUGAAGAGUGGAAGAUUUUUUUUUCCAAGGCAGAAUUUAAACUUGUGUCCUCAAUGAAUCACAGUCAGUUUUUGACUUAUGGAUUGCUUAAAAUAUUCAAAAAGGAAGUUAUCAAUCACGAAAUUAUUUUUGGGCAAUCAUUCCGUGCAGAUACCUGUGGAUUGUUGAGUUCCUAUCACAUAAAGACAGCAAUUCUUUGGACCAUUCAACAAAACACACUACCUCAUUGGAAUCCACAAAAUCUUUUAGCCGGUUUCUGGGUCUGCUUUAAACUCCUUCUUAAAUGGGUGUAUGAGGGAGUUUGUCCCAACUUUUUCAUCCCACAAAGCAAUUUGUUCCAGAGAGAAAUCCAUGGCUCAGCACAAAACAAAUUGUUCCUACAGUUACAUGAAUUGUACAACAAAGGUCUGGCCUGUCUGUUAAAGAGUCCCUCUAUCAGGUCCUACAUCAUUGAUGUCAUGUACAAUCCCAGACUCUCUCUUUGUACAGAUGAGAUUGUUAUGUCCGAAGUUGAUAGUGAUCUAGAACUUGUCAAACAAUGUUGUUCAACUGAUAAUCUGAUCUCAGACCUUCGUCCCCUUGUACAAGCUAUACUUCAAGUAGAACAAUUGGUAGAUUCUCCUCUGUGUCAGUAUCAAGCUGUCGCGUUACGGAAUCUUGCAUCUGCCUUCUUUAAGAAUACUGCAAUUAUAAUACAUAACAUACACACUAACACGGGUGUUAACAAAGAUGUAUAUACUGCUGACAAAAUGUCCUGUCGCAUGCUGAAAUUAGCAGCCAAGUUUGGGUGUAUAUCUGACAUGUUGUACAUUGCCAUGUAUUAUUACAAGACACUCAGAUACAGGGAAGCUUUAUCUGUUAUAGAGGUUACAAAGGUCAAGUUAGCACAGCCAUAUCUAAUGUAUAGGGGACAUGUAGACAGAGAGAUGUUUACUGAAGCUGUAGGCGGACAGUCAUGGUCUGUAAAGAUGAGACAGGCUGUAGCAAUGGAUAUCAAACUUAGAACACUAAUCUAUUAUAUCAGUGAACUAACACCAGAACAACAGUCUGCUGAAAAGAACAGGGAGCCUAUAUUAUAUGUCCCAAUAUUUGUGAUGUUACACUUCCUAGAGUUCCUGUGUCACAGACACAUUGAUACAACACUAUCACAAGCAGCUCUAGAUGAGCUACUGGUCGUAGUCCACUGUGAUCAGGGACUGUAUGUAUCUGAAUACUGCAGAGACAUCUCCUGGGAGAUCCUGGGGAUCUGUCAGCAGAUCACAGGGAACCUCCAGGCUGCUCUAUACUCAUACCAACAGUCACCCACACAAUAUCCAUUCCACAAAAUACAAACUGCCACACAGAGGAGAAUACAGGAUGUGGUUCAGUCAAUUCCAUUAACAUAAUACAAUAUGUUUAGAUUAACAUUACUAGAAACAUCAAUAUUUAUAUUUGAUCAGUGAAAAAGUGGUUCAAUAUCAAUUAAGAUAUGUUGCUAUUAUUACAUUGUAUUGUACAUGUGCUUAUGGUUAAUUAAACAUUACCCAACUCAAAAAAUUAUUUUAAUUAUAAGUUCACAUUGAAAUGUUAUUCUGAAUUAUUUCAGUGAUCCUCAAUUUUUUUUCUCAUGUUUUUGUUGCAAUACUUAACAAAAAUCUAUAAAUAAUAUAGUGAUUCCCAUUGUAUUACCGGUAUAUGUAUUUAUAACAUAAUAUUUACAUAUUAAAAGAAUCUUCACCAUUCUUUAAAAAUCCACUUUAUUUUAUUUGUUUUGUUUUUUUGCCAACGAUGAAAAAUUAGUUCUUAACUACCGGUACAUGUAGUUUAAACCGGUUUGUUUGCCUUCGAAUGUACAAACCUUAAGUUUCAAAUGCAUUGUUAAUGUCAACUCUAACACCUAAAAUAAAUAUUG